AUGGAAACUACCACCAAGAUCAUGCUCUUGUUAGUCCUAAUGCUCUUUUGGUGCACUGUAAAAUGCAACCAUCCUCACCCACUUGACCCUCUAACUCCUUCGGAGCUGAACCUUGUCCGAACUAUAGUCCAAAAAUCAUAUCCAACCUCAACGACCACCCACAACCUCACCUUUCACUACGUUGGGUUGGAUGAGCCCAACAAGCCCGAAAUCCUCUCAUGGCUAUCUUCAAACCAAAAGCCCAAGCUCAAAGGCUAUCCACCACCUCGCCGGGCCUUCGUCAUGGCCCGUUUCCAAAAGCAGUCUAUCGAGAUCACGGUGGAUUUGUCCAUUCGCUCCAUCGUUUCCACCAAAGUCUACAAAGGACAUGGCUAUCCAAUGCUCACCUUUGACGAACAAGGCAUUGCAUCACAGCUCCCAUUCAGCUACGAGCCGUUUAAAGAGUCUUUAGAGAAAAGGGGUCUCAACAUAUCACAGGUUGUGUGUGCUGCCUUCACCGUUGGAUGGUUCGGAGAAGCCAAGACCAAAAGGAACGUGAAGAUUAUAUGUUAUUACACAAGUGACACCGCUAAUUUUUAUGCUCGGCCUUUGGAGGGAGUGGAAGCGGUGGUUGACUUGGACGAUAUGAAAAUCAUUGGUUACAGUGAUACGCGUGUGGUUCCAGUGCCCAAAGCAGAAGGCACUGAGUAUAGAGCUUCUAAGAUGAUACCACCCUUUGGUCCAAAACUGAAGGGAAUAGCUGUCACGCAAAGCGAUGGACCUGGGUUCAUCAUUGACGGCCAUUCUAUAAGUUGGGCGAACUGGGUCUUCCAUUUGGGAUUCGACGUUCAGUUUGGUCCAAUAAUAUCUCUGGCAUCAAUAUAUGAUCUCCAAAAGCAGAAAUAUCGUCGUGUACUAUACAAAGGAUUCAUAUCAGAGUUGUUUGUCCCAUACCAAAACCCAACUGAGGAAUGGUAUUUCACGAACUACUUUGACUCUGGCGAAUAUGGCUUUGGACAGUCCAUGUCUUCACUGCAGCCGUUCAAUGAUUGCCCCGCCAAUGCUAAAUUCUUAGAUGCAUACUAUGCCAGUUCAGAUGGUACUCCUGUAAAGAUAUCAAAUGCCUUCUGCAUAUUUGAAAAGUAUGCUGGUGAUAUCAUGUGGCGUCAUACAGAAAUUGCAAUCCCAGAUGAAGUGAUAACUGAGGUGAGGUCAGAUGUCAGCCUAGUGGUGAGAACGGUUUCAACUGUGGGCAACUACGAUUAUGUGGUAGAUUGGGAAUUUAAGCCAAGUGGCAGCAUCAAACUUAGGGUUGGGCUUACUGGGAUAUUAGGGAUGAUAGCAGGGAAAUACACCAACGUGGAUCAAAUAAAAGAUGACAUCCAUGGCACCCUGCUAGCAGAUAAUACUGUUGGUGUUUACCAUGACCACUUCUUGACCUAUUAUCUUGACCUUGACAUUGAUGGUGAAGCCAACUCCUUUGUCAAGUCUAAUUUAGAGACUGUAAGAGUGAAAGAACAUACCAUACCCAGGAAAAGUUAUUGGAAAGUUGUAAGUGAAACAGCUAAAACCGAAGCUGAUGCCAGAAUCAACCUGGGGUUCAAGGCUUCUGAGCUAGUAGUGGUAAAUCCUAAUAAGAAGACCAAACAAGGAAAUAAAAUUGGGUACCGUUUGCUUCCCGGCUCAGUGGUGCACCCACUUUUGUUGACUGAUGAUUAUCCACAAAUCAGAGCUGCAUUCACCAAUUAUAAUGUAUGGGUCACACCAUAUAACAAAUCUGAGCAACGGGUAGCAGGAUCGUAUGUUGAUCGCAGCAGAGGCGAUGAUACUUUGGCUAUUUGGAGUCGCAGGCAAAGGGAGAUUGAGAAUAAGGACAUAGUAUUGUGGUAUACGUUGGGAUUUCACCAUGUUCCAUCUCAGGAAGAUUUUCCAGUUAUGCCAACGUUGAGUGGUGGAUUUGAGCUGAGACCGACCAAUUUCUUUGAGAGCAACCCAGUCCUUAAAACGAAAUCACCAAAUUCUAUGCACUGGCCUAAUUGCACUUCUCAACAGUAG